AUGAACCAACCGUAUGGUGCACAUCCGCCUUCUGGACAAUUCUACCCGACUCGACGGCAUAAUGCUGAGCAGAUAUCAGUUCCUUCCAUCGGCCAAGCACAACAGUCGCCACAAGACACGACAGGUGUGGGAUCAUCUUUUAGCACGCCUCUCAGUCCCAUGUUCUCUCCCCUUGGAAGUGGGCACUCGACACACAGCAACUCGACAAUGGGAUCUAGGCCUUAUAACCCUCAGCAAUGGGGUCAGCCCAACGUUGUUGGAGGAUCACAUGUAGUUUUCUCUCCAACUCAAAGAGUUACCAGGGAAACAACCGGAAUGGAAGCAUCGAUGCCAUCUCCACCACCCCCGUAUACACCCCCACCUGACAGUGCUACCCGCUUGAUGCGAUCGUCACAUACCAUGGGGUUCAUACCUUCUCCCAUCUCCAUCGAACCAUUAUCGUCAAGCACGAUAAGCCUACGUUCAACUCCGCCAAACGGGCCGACAGCACACUUUCCACCACCUCCAAACUCACAUGCCCGUGAUCGAUCGAGUUCAGGGACAGGUAGAGCUAGAUUCAGUAUCUCUGGACUUGCCGCUCGUGUCAAGCGUUCCGACAGCUCUGAUCAGAUAUCUACUUUGAAUACCCAACACACUCAAACAAUCCCCAUCUCAGCGCGUACUGUCUCACGACCACCAGCUUCCCGUCGUGCUGCAUCAACAGGUGCACUGCAAACACAUACCGCCCAUCAGGUUCCAAACGGUAGAGUCUCGCCCGAGUCAUCACACUGGGAGCCUGGAAUGCCAUUGCCUCCCCCUCCACCAGGCCCACCACCUCCUGACAACAGAUCUCAGAGUCUGAAUCGUUAUUCGAGACGAGCUCCCGAGACACGAGCUGCUCCCUUGAGUGUGGUCCCACCUCCACCGCCACCUCCAACGAGAAGGAGGCAUGAGAACACACUCGGUAUGAUUCCGCCAACACCUUCUGACUGGCAUCCUGACAUGGACAACGAAUCAUCUGGCUUCAUGGAGUUGCGUAUUGACACUGGAAUAAAUGUUCAUGAGGUCAAAAGUAGUCGAAGCAACACUCAAAUAACCAGAGACAUGACGACUGACAGCAUACGUGAGAGAAGAUCGCGAAGUCGAGCUAAGAUGGAAGGUUGUGAAUUCGAACACGAUCAUCAAACGAGUGCUCAAGAAAGGAUUCAGAGCACUGUGUCCGAAUUGUCGAAACCGACCAAUCUUACCCUUGUGACUGCAGACAGUCUACUGCAGAGGAGACGUACCACAGUUGCCGAGGCCUCUUCGUCUCAAUCGAGUCCGGCUCAAGCUUCUUCCCCCGAAUACACUCGACGACAGAGACAGGGACGCAAUAAUUUGACGGUUCUGACGCCCCCAUACACGCCUUCAAUCGCUACUCCUUUGCAAAAAGGAACGUCACAUGGUGCAUCCGGUACUCAUGAGCACGCAUCAACCCAACCGGACUUCUCGCGAUUGCCAAACGAUGAACCCUACAAAGUGAGCAGCACCGUUGCCUCGAAUACCAAUGAGCUCUCCGCAUUCACACAGUCAAGCUUGGAACGCUAUCAAGUAUUUGUUCAUCAAGAAGCCACGGCCGAAAAUGACAGGGAACGACUGGAACUCUUUGCUAGCUUUAUGGUUCAAGAAUCCAGAAUCAGAAGAGGACGCUACUCCGAGGCUUUCAACACCAUGGCUGGGGAUAUUAUGGAACUGACUCGUGACAUGUGGAGGCCUCUGGCUUUUUCGAAUGAGCAGGACAUCAAUCCAACCAACAAUCGUGAUGCAAGUCCAGAAAGCGCAAACAUCAUGAUUGAUCUGGAUGAUAGCUUCCACACCUCUAUCGCCUCAACUGCCGAGUUUACACCCACUACCGAUACAGAGUCUUUGGCUGAUGAGAGUCGUGAUGCGGUGGAAAGAAGACCUGCCAAUCCCUGGGGCGACAAGUUCCAGCCCUGUCUCUCACCAAUCCCCAGCAUGGCCGUCAGUACUGUCCCGGAUGAGGAAAGUUCAAGAGGAAGGUCUGCCAGUCGAUGGUGGGAAGAGAGUGUAGACGGCUCUAUUGGAAAUGGUGGACGUAGAGUUGAAAGGACCAGGCAAGAGUCGAAAUACAUGAGCCUGCAUCCUCAAGAGUUGUAUAUCGCUGCACAGCCUUCACCAAAUCAGGAUACGCCAACGCCUAGUACCAGCAAGCAGACAUUUCAGUAUGGUCCAGACGAAUACCCUUCAGAAAAGAUCGGCUGGCAUGAAGAGGAAAACGUGUUUACACCAUCCAACCCACCCUCAGCAGCUUUGUUGUCACCUCGCAACAAAGCACCGGUAGGCCGUCCAGCAGGCAGUUCGGCUCUAGACGUCACAAGACUCGUCACGCUCCCGCCACCAUAUCCACGACACUACCCCGCUGUCAACAACAGCCAUCCUGCUUUGAGUAUACUCAGAGCAAACCAUCGUUCUGUGGCAAAUUUGUCGAGUAUACGCGAACUCAUUCAAUCUCACGAAUCCACUGAGGCAAGCCGCCGUCAAGCAUGGAGGACUUCAGCUGGUGAGAGACUCCGCCACUUCCGUUCACAGACACAAUCUUCCAUCAAUACAGGAAAGAUAUCCUACAAUGAUGCCACCCAAGCUGAAUUGACAUUUCGUCGAUCCGAAGCUGCGAACGUGCUACAACAAGCUGAGACACAGUGCCAGGAUUUUCGACAACGAGUCUAUGAGCCUGUACAUCGGAUGCUUUCUGAGCAUUCGCGAAGUUGUGAUGAAUGUAUUGAACAGCUUAUCAAAGCCCUAGAUGCAGAGGCUGAAUGCAAUCAAAACUUGCUCGCUCAAACCGAGGGAGACGAAAGGCCUGAACUCGUCGAACAGCUGACGCUCUUGAAGUGGCUUUUCGAAAGUAAGGAGCACAUCCACAAGGAGCGAUUCGAUAUUGAUACUGCUCUGAUGGCAAGGGAAUCUGCGGCCAUCUUGACUAGCUAUCAGCAAAAUGGAAAUGAAGUGCAGAUACGCCAAGUCGAAAGACACUUUGAGUCUGAACGCCAAAGACGACAGCUUGAAUAUGCACAAGAGACAAAUAAGAGGUUUGAUCAUCUGCGUAAGACCGUGGAACGUCAUAUCUCCAGAGGUGUAGAGAUUCAACUAUCGGCAUUCUGGGACAUAGCUCCAGGUCUGGUUGAGGUUGUGCACAGGGUGCCGGACGACUUGCGAAGGUUCGAGAUGGCAAUCCCUGCAAACGAGCUUGCAGAAAAUGUCUCAUACCAGGACUUUCCUCUGCAGUACAUGUACACUAUCUUGGUACACGCCAAGAAGUCGGCAUACCAAUUCAUCGAAGCACAAACGAACCUGCUGUGUCUUUUGCAUGAGGUACAUACCGCGACGGAAUCGGCUUCAUUGCGGUUGCGAGAAAUCGAGCGUAACAUGGCAGGCGAGAACGCAGCUCUUGUACAAGCAGAGAUGGCGCAUCUCAAGAAGCAGAGAGAGUUGGAGCUGACUCAUGAUCUGCAAGGAAAAGUGCACGAGGUGGAGGAGCAGUGGAGAGAAGCUUUGGGAAUGUCGAUCGAGGAUUGCAUUGAGAGGGUCCGAACGUGGCUGCAGAAUACUGGCGGGUGGGAGGAGAGUUUGGAAGUCUAGGACGCAAUCAACGGGCAGGCGGUGUUGUGAUUAGAGUAAGCGAAUUUUAUCAAUUAAUCAAGUAUGAUUGGAUGGGCUUGUUUGUGCCUCGCUGGAGUUUGACAGCCAAACAUACAAACGUGUGAUUUCUCGAAUGUGUUUGCUGACAGGUCGUCACUUCUUUGAGGAUAUUCAGACAAACAAGACCGCAUGCGGAAACAAACAUUCGUCCG